AUGUUGAAUAGAAUUUUUGUCGUAAUCAGAAGACACAUAAAAAAAUGUCUGUUUAUUUCCCUUUUUAUUAUGUUAAUAGUACUACAAAUAAAUAAUAAGGACUUUUAUAUUAGUAGAAAGCUACAAGAGGAUACUGUUAGUCUAUCGAAAAGACUGGAUAGGCCAAUAUGGGAUCUUGGAAGAACAUCAGCUGUAAUUGGUUUGGUAUUAACGGCUGCCAAUGCAUUAUAUACUGCUUGGUGUCCUGUACUUUGCAUUAUACCAACAUCCCCUACCUGCUGGACCCUAGUUGUCGGAUUAACAAUAUCGGCAGGUGUGUCAACCCUUGGGAUAUCUUAUGCUGCCUAUCAGGAUUAUUUUAACGGUGAAUUUGAUAUCAUGGAAGAAAUCACCCCGAUUUCAUUGGUUAUUCUUAACCGCUAUAGGUCCCAAUAUAAACUAACUAAUACCACUUUUCAUACCUUUCCAGCUGUAAAUAGUACAUCCGCAAGUAAUUCAUUAUACAAGCCUGAUUACAUUUAUGAUGAAGUAGUCCAUACAUUUAUUAACGCUGGACUAGGUACACCACUACUAACAAAAUCUAAUUAUCUUUUUGACAAAAAAGAAUCAAACACUCGUGACACCUAUGAUUCUCUUACAAUUCAUUGGAGUACACCGUUGGGUCAACAUACAGCUACGAAUUUAAAUCAUUAUGAUGUCAGGUGGAUGGCUUCUGAUAUUGCUCAACAAUACUUAUCCGGCUAUAAUGGCUCCACUUUAUACACAAAAAAUGCACAAAAAAUGUCUAUGAAAAAGAAUGAGGGCCAGGUAGUUAAUUGGGUCUCAUACAAUAUGAAUGAAGGUGGCCCAAUAGUUGAAAAUCUUUCAUUAUGGAAGUCGUUUAAAAACUUUGGACAAUGGGAUGAAAAUAUUGAGGCAUUAUCUGAAAUGUUUUAUAAAAAUAACAUUUACAAAAGUUGGAAAUGGAACGUAGAUAUUGUGACUGAUGCUGGUAUUAGUGGUACGCGAUGGUUUGAUAGAAGGAAGAAAAGAGCAAUUACUCACGGUGAGGUCUACUUAAAUCAAUAUGGUGGUCUGGAAAAACCAUAA